AUGCCCUUUACCUUAAAACCACCCCAGAUACCCAUAAUCAUCAAAGCCAGCGGACGUGUCAAAGAUGGCUUCAAAGAUGUCAUUCGCAAGAUUCAACCUCCUAAGGCCUUCAUUCAAACCAACGACGAUUUCAACGACGUGAUUAAUAAGUCGUUUAUGAAGGACGGUCUAUGCUCCAAGUGUCGAUCACUACCCAUUGAGUCCUGUUACGAUGAAUUAGCCAAUGACACAGAUGCAGAGGAAGUUCAUUGGACUACGACAUUGUCUCGAAUCAUAUUUCACUCAGAUUGGUGUCGAAUGUGCCGGUUGUUGCUCUCCAUGCUUACCCGUCCAGAGUAUGACCCUUUAAAGCACCCUGAGGUCGCUCGGUAUCUUCAGGAAUCAGUCCAGGGAAUGUCGAUGUUGGAUUGGGCGGACCAGGGUUGGAGAUUCACCGACGUCAACUGGCCAUUUGGACGAAGCGAUUAUCGUCACGAUGGUGCGACAUACAUGCUUGGCCCCGCGCGGGAGGUAUUUAAGGAAGUUGUCACACCAACGAUGAUAACAACAGUACUCAUGGGUACUGUUUUGAAUGGCAUGCGAGCCCAGCAAAAUCGACCCCAAAUAAAGUAUCCUAGUCUGAAUAACGGUACGUAUCAGGAAGGAUUGAAAAAGAGAAUGAAAAAAGGAAUGGAGGCAGCAACAAAGUAG